GACCAAGGUCACACCAAUGAGAAUUGCCAAUAUUAAAACCAGAUACAUCUGUGUCAAUACUUAGGUUAUGUUCAGUGUGUAAGUACACCCUUAUCGGACGGGAAUGAGUUAAAUAUGUGCUGUGUUCCAUGGAGAAUAGACAUGUGUUGUGAAUCUAUCAUGAUUUUGUGACCAUGGGGACUGAAAAAUGGAUUACGCCGUUUUUAAAGCAGUGCUUCGUGACUGCAGGCGUUUCCCUGAACAUGGCAGGCUCUGGCCUGGUGGUGGGGUUCACCACGGCCUUGCUGCAGCAGCUGAAGAGUCCAGGGUCCAUCAUACCUAUUGAUGACACUUCUGGCUCCUGGAUAGCGGCAAUACCCGGCAUCUCCCUGGUCUUCGGCAACUUCAUAGCUCCAACAACGAUGUCCAGAUACGGCCGAAAAUCAGCCAACCUCAUCACCAUAGUUCCGCUCAUGGUCGGCUGGGCUGCCAUCUACUUCGCCACGAACAUCACCGUCCUACUCCUGGCCAGGUUCCUCCAAGGACUUUGUAUGGGAAUGUGCACAUCGUUAGCUUCUGUCCUGCUGGGAGAAUACACCAGUCCGAAGAACAGGGGAGUGUUUCUAAUGACCAUAUCGGUGUCAAUUGCCAUGGCAGUGAUGUCCGUCCAUUGUUUGGGAUCCUACUUUAGUUGGCAGACCACAGCAUUGGUUUGUGGGUGCAUAUCCUUCGUAGAUCUGUUCAUAGUUAUUUAUUCGCCCGAAUCACCGAGUUGGCUGGCUGAGAAAGGGAAAUAUGAUGCCUGUAAACAGUCAUUUAGAUGGCUCAGAGGAGAUCAAGAAGAAGAGGAACUUAGAAGAAUCAUUGAAGCGAGCAUACAUCUCAGAGAGGCAAAAGCAGAAAUGAGGAAAACUAAAUCCGUUAUAAAGAAAUUCAGAAACAAAGUAGAUGAUUUCAAAACGACAGUGAAGAAGAAAGAGUUUUUGAAACCUAUCAUAAUCAUGAUACACAUUUAUAUUCUAGGCCAAUGGAGUGGCAUAAACAUGCUCGUAGCAUACCCUAUAGACUUAUUUAAGAAAAUGGUUGGAAAAGACUGCAAUAUACCACUAUUAGUACUUACAUUAGACGUACAUAGGAUAAUAGCGAACACGACAGCGUUGUAUGUGAUACAGAAAGUGAAAAGACGAACUAUUUUAGGUGUUACUGUGUGUAUCAACAUUUUGGCUUUGCUUGCCAGUGCAGCUUACUCUUACUCAAAAGAAAAUGGCUAUAUGCCUGCAGAUGAGUUCAGUAUAGGCAUCAGUAUAGUGCAUAUACAUAUGUUUGCAGUAGCUACUGGUUCUUUACCUCUCUGCUUCAUCAUAGCAGGAGAAAUUUUCCCCCUAGAAUACCGAAGCUUAGCUGGUGGGAUUAGCGUGUUAUUUUACUCAACUAAUUUAUUUGUGACUAUCAAAACUGUUCCUUUAUUACUCAGUACUAUAGAUUUGUAUGGCACGUAUAUUUUGUAUGCGUCUUUAAUGGUGUAUAGCUUAGUGGUCGUAUGGUAUUUGCUGCCGGAGACCAAGGAUAGGACUCUUCAGGAUAUUGAAGAUGAGUUCAGAGGUAGACCACUGUCUCCCGAGGAGUUGAAGUCAGUGCAAUUGUUGGCUUCUUUAAGAGCAUAUACUACGGAUAGGAGAUGUAGCAAUCCGGUUGUUGUAUGAGAGACAACAAAAGAAUGAUUGUGUGUUAAGAACAUGUGAAAUUAGUGCCUUAUAAAAAUUCACUGAAAGGUAUCGUGAGAUUUGAACAAUUAAUGUAAUAUUACAUUCAUAUAGGUACAAAAAUUAUGACAAUUAAUUAUAGUGAUGCAAACCUAUGUUUAUGGUAGACUUACCAUUACCACCACCAAAAUGAAUGCAACUUCAAUUUCAGAUAAUGUUACCAGAAUUUAUAACAAAUCUGGUAGGUACAAAGUGCCUAGCAGUCUUUUUUAUCGACGUAAAAUCAUCAAAUGACCCCUCCCGCUGUGGGUUAGCAGCGGUGAGGGAGUGUCAGACUCUUACUGACUAAAAUCGUCGUGUUCCGUCAUAGGCCUUUUAUGUACCAGGGCCGCGGUAUCUCUUUCGAACAACCCGCAGCCCCGGAUGCCUAGCAGUCUCUUAAUGUGUUCAUGUCAAGUUCAGCCUAUAUAGAAACUACAAAAGUAGCGUUUACUCGUAUCUGUGUAUUAUAUCUCAUGGUAUUUAGCCAUGGAUACAUGCGACACUAUUACACGGACCGUGAUUAAUCUCAUUAGUCGCCUUGCCGCCCGAUAGUCGGCGUUUGCGCAUACAACUAUGCUACUGUAACUUAAUGUUUUUUUUAAAGCCUGCAUUCCUGAAAUGGCUAAGUAGUGAUUGUUGCAGUACAUUGUAUAUUCUUUACUCGUUUGGUACAAAUAAGAAAGUGCACUCCCACGUUUUGCGAUCAUAUGGUCAGUCGGGAAUUAAAUUCCAAUUGAUCCGGGGGCAAUUGGGAAUAUACCAAAAAUACAUACUCAUUCAAAAUACUUAAAAAUAUGUGAAAAAAUGGUGCUUAAAAGUUGUAAAUAUAAUUUAUUUUUGUAUCGCAUAAAUUACUUACAAUUUAGCUUUAAGAUGAAGAAGACGGUGCCUUUGAGACAAUAAUGUAUGAAUAAAGGA